CGUUAUGUUUACUGGCAUUUAAUCAGACACAGUUGUCAUCAACGAUGCCGUAAGAACUGUACAAAAACAUAGAAUAAUCAACUUUCAUACAAUAAGGCAUUCUCAUGGAGAAUAAACAAAGCACAAUUGUAAGAUCUUGAGUUUUUCCCGAAUCAGUAGUUUGACACCCUUAUAUAACAUUUAGAGACAUGUGACAAAUAAACUUAACAGAUAUCUCAAGCAAACAUAUUCCUUUAUAGAAACACAAAAUAAACUUUGUUUACCUCAUUGGCCGCAUUAAGUUGUAUGGGUUAGUAAAAAUGCAUCUUGUAGCACCAUCUUCUUCAUUAAUGUGCAAAACCAAAAACCUUUGCAAGAAUCACGGACAGGGAAAAAAUCCAGCAUGCUGCCCCCAACGAAUCUAACGAACGUGUAUUUAACAUAUCGAUCCGACCAGAAACAACACCUUGAACACCCUCAAUUGUCAAUUUUAUUAAAUCAACAUUGUUUUUUAACACAUUUAUUGCAAAUUAAACCAUGAAAUUAACUUAAGAACUGCUCUUCAUGGCAGUUACAGGAGAAAAUCGAAAAGAACAAGUAGUGAUGAAAAGAUUGCGGCUCGGACAUACUGGAUUAAAUAAAACUUUAAAUCUGAUAGGUAAACAUCCAACAGGUAGUUGUGGGUGUGGUGUGGACAUGGAAACAGUAGAACAUGUAAUAAUUCAUUGUGAAAAAUAUACGGCAAGUAUAGAGAAGCUAAAACAGAAAGAAAUUAGGAAAUAUGAUAUAAAGACAUUAAAACGUAAUAAGUUAUAAGUUAAACAUAAAAUAAAUAGAACAGUUAUCACAUUUUUGAAGGAAACAGGAUUAUACAUAGGAAUUUAGAUUAAAGGGAGACAUUCUGGUUCACACUCCAGCACAGUAGAUGAUGAUAAUACAUCUUAACGUUAGAUGUCACCCGCCAGUAAAAAUCACAAAGAAGAAGAAGACGAGGAAAAAACCCGGAAGCAGCGAUUAAAACUGCCGCGUGCUCAAUAGUCAGCAAUGACCAGCUCUCGCCAUUGAGUUGUUAUCCAACCUUAAGGAUAAGAACAAGAAGCAUUACUCAAGGUUCUUUAAAGAACGUGGAACAGUUGUAAAGAUGCCUCGUCUUAAAAAUUUUCGUCGUGUACAAGCCUCUAAAAAGAGGAUGAAUGACCGCAAACUACUGGAGGUUGACAUCAAAGUUCAAGAAAGCACAUUUGUGGCUUGUCAAGGAACAGGAACCCGUCAUAGAAAUAGACCUUGGCCGAUCUCUUCUGCCAACAAUACCUGCAGACUGGUCAUUCCCCCAGAAUCAAAAGACAAGAAAUUUGUCUUUGUUGUAGGAGACUCUCAUCUUAGGGCUGUUGUGGAUGGAUUUGCUCCUAUUAAAGCAGACGGUCUUUACUUUGGUUUCUUGGUCGUCCCUGGAGGAACAGCUUUGGACCUGAGAACCGAGCUCCUCAAUGCGGUCAUCCCACGCAUCCCUGAUGUAGUUUGUUUGUUAGCUCCAAGCAACACUUUGAGGAGAAGGACUGCUGUCAGUGAAGCUGGGAAACGGUUUGAAAAGCUCCUAGCAACUGUUUGCACACUUUUUCCGAAGGUGUUUGUGUUGGAUUUCCCUCCAAGACUUGACGUGGAGCCUCAGGUUCAGUCUCUUCUACGACAAGAAUUCCAAAGAGUAUCAGUGCAACUGGGUGUGUCAUACAAAUCAGUUGCUGAGCUGUUUCCGAUGAGUAAACUGCACCUGUGGAGCAGAGAUGGGGUACACCUUAGUGAUGAUGAUGGGAUGAAGAUCCUAACUAAAGCUAUAUAUGAGACCUCAGAUGAGCAGAUUCCCGAGCUAACUGCUGAGACCAAAGUGACGCCCACCAUGUCACACUCUCCCCCAAAGUUGCUUUGUACACCUGAUGUUCCAGUUGUGGCCCCACAAAACCCCUUUGAAUGGGAGGUUGUUGGAUCCCGCAAGAAGGCUUCUCCUACUUCAAGCCAACAUCAAAACUGUGCUUCACCAAAGAGAGUUCUCCAUCUAAAGGUAGAAGAAGAAAUGGAGUUUUCUGUGGAGCUGAAUCCAAAGUGGUUGGAUGAUGACAUGCUGGAAAUCUCGUGGGACGGCAACACAUCAACUUUAGAAGAUGCUUCUAUUGCAUCAUUUCAAGAACCAAUGGCUUCUCCAAGUUCAAGCCUACAUCAAAGCUGUGCUUCACCAAAGAAAGAAGAACAAAUGGAGUUUUCUGUGGAGCUGAAUCCAAAGUGGUUGGAUGAUGACAUGCUGGAAAUCUUGGGGGGCGGCAACACAUCAACUUUUGGAGAUGCUUCUACUGCAUCAUUUCAAGAACCAAUGGGCUGUAACAGAGUAGUGGCUGGUGAGGAAACUGUCACCAAAAACGCGUUGGCAGCACAUGUUAAAGAAGAGUCUCCUGAAGAACAGAGUCCUGAGGGGGAGCAGCAGGAGUCAGAGCCCCUCCA